GGAUCGAUUAUCCUUCCAUUUGCAAAAACAUGUAACCAUUAAUAAUGAACAUGGACAAAAGAUCUGUCUCCCCAAAAGGGCAUGGGCAGUUGGGCAGUUAAGACCAAAAUAACAAAAGCUUUCACAAAAACAUCAAAAACCAACUUCCAAAGAAGAGCCUCAUCAUCUCUAUAUCAAAUCUGCCUAAGCAUAGUUUCUCAAAAUGUUCAACCUUUCCAAAUCCCAUUAUGCAAUGCUCAUCAUCACAAACACGUUCAUGCCUCCUUACCCAUCAUAUCCUUUCCUUGCAUUCAAAGAUUUUGUCCCAUGUUGUUUCAAAUUUCUGCUCCUUUUACCACUGUCUGUCAGUCAUUCGAUGAAAUGCCUAAAAGAGAACAGAGAUUUGAUGAUACCCAUUUCCACAAUGUUCUCGACCUCAUUAGAUUUUCCACCGUGAAAACAGAUAUUGUAACUGCAGUGAUUGUCCAUUGCUUUGCACUGAAGGUGGGUGCUCUUGCUCACUUACCCACUUCCACCUCUCUCCUUAUUAUGUACUCGAGAGCUGGUUACUUUGGUUCUUCGGUGGCUCUGUUUGGUGAAAUUCUUUACAGAGAUGUGAUCAUUUGGAAUGCAAUGAUGACCGCGUCAAUUGAGAAUAGGUGUUUUGGAGCUGCAGUGAAUUUCUUGGUGGAGAUGAUGAAAUGGGGAAGUGGGUUUGACUCCACUACUCUUGUAAUUGUCCUUUCGGCGGUGUCUGAUAUGAACGAAUUGAAGCAAGGGCGGGCUGUUCAUUGUUUGAGCAUGAAGGCAGGGAUGCUUUCCGAUUCCUUUUUGUGUAAUGCUCUCACAGACAUGUAUGCAAAAUGUGGUGACUUGAGCUCCUCGGAGUGUGUGUUCGCAGGAAUGCAGUAUAGAGACCUCAUUUCUUGGAAUUCAGUUAUCAAUGGUUGUCUUUAUCAUAACAAUCCUGAGAAAUCUCUAUGGUACUUCAGGGAGAUGGCUUCGUGUGGAUUACAAGCUGAUGCUGUGACUCACUCGUGUGCUAUUGCAGCGUCUACUUGUCUGGGAGAAUUGGGUAUUGGUCAAGUAAUUCAUGGAUGGGGAAUUAAAUUGGGUUACCAUAAGAGCUCCCAUAUUUCAUUUGCAAACUCUCUUAUUUCAUUAUAUUCUCAGUGUGGAAAUGUUGAUGCUGCAAACAAUGUGUUUGAAGAGAUGGCGUUUAAGGAUGUGAUUUCAUGGAAUUCAAUGAUUCAUGGAUUUGCCUCAAAUGGAGAUAUCUUAGAAGCAUUCAGUCUUCUGCAUGAAAUGUUAUUAGCAGAAUCAGUCCAGCCCGAUACAGUGACUGUACUUAUCAUAAUUCCACUUUGUGCAGAAUUGAUGCUAUUGAGAGAAGGAAGAACUAUUCACGGUUUCACAAUUCGAAGAGAUAUGGCAAUGAAUAUGUCAGUGACUAACAGUCUGAUGGAUAUGUACUUGAAAUGCAGUUGUGUUAAAGCAGCUGAGCACUUGUUCAAUGCUGCCCCAGAAAGAGACUUGAUAUCAUGGAAUACAAUGAUCUCUGGGUAUUCUCAGAAUGGAAACUCUAGAGAAGCUCAAACUUUGUUUAAAGAACUGCAUCGGAUGUGUUCAAAAUGCAACUUGUCGACUCUUUUAGCAGUUCUUCCUUCCUGUAAUUCCCUUGCAUCACUCCACUUUGGGAAAUCAAUUCACUGUUGGCAGUUAAAAUUGGGAUUUUCAAACAAUAUUCUUGCAGUUAAUUCCCUCAUGUUCAUGUAUAUGAAUUGUGAAGACUUGAUAGCUUCUUUCUCUUUGUUGAGGGAAAAUUCUGCUAUUGCAGAUACUGCUUGUUGGAACACUCUAAUUGCAGGCUGCACCCGCAGUGGCUAUUUCUGGAAAGCUUUAGAAACAUUCAAUAUAAUGAAGCGGGAGUCCCAUGUCAGGCAUGACUCCAUUACCCUUGUUAAUGCUAUACUAGCUUGUGGAAAUCUUCCAUUGCUGUUUGAGGGGAAAUUACUUCAUGGGUUUGCGGCUAAAAGUUUGGUGGGGACAGAUAUUCGUGUUCAGAAUGCAUUAAUUACCAUGUAUGGCAGAUAUGGUGAGAUUGUGAGUGCAGGAUUGGUGUUUAGAUCUAUUUGCAAUCACAAUUUAUGCUCAUGGAAUUGCAUGAUCUCUGCAUUUUCUCAGAAUAAGGAUGGUAAAAGUGCACUAGAAUUGUUUCGUUUUCUUGAUUUUGAACCUAACGAGAUUACCAUGGCUAGCAUUCUCUCAGCUUGUACACAACUUGGAGUGCUAAGACAUGGGAAACAGAUCCAUGGUCAUGUGUUCAGGUUUGGUUUCCAGAGGAAUUCUUUUGUGUUUGCUGCUCUUGUGGACAUGUAUGCCAACUGUGGGAGAUUAGACAUAGCACUCAAGAUAUUCGACUCUUCACCAGAGAAGUCUGUCGCAGCUUGGAACUCUAUGAUAUCUGCUUAUGGGUUCCAUAGUAAUGGCAGGAAAGCAAUUGAACUAUUCCAUGAUAUGAUCAAGUCUGGGACUAAACCAACUAAAAGCACUUUCAUAAACCUUUUGUCAUCUUGCAGCCACUCGGGGCUUGUCAAUGAAGGUGUUCGGUAUUAUGAACGCAUGUUCCAUGAAUUUGGAGUUGAACCAGCCACUGAGCAUCAAGUGUGCAUGGUCGAUAUGCUGGGUCGUUCUGGAAGGCUGCACGAGGCUUAUCAAUUUAUCAAGCAAAUGCCAAGCCAACCUGAACCAGGCGUCUGGGGGGCCUUAUUAAGCGCUUGCAACCUUCAUGGAGACCUUGAGAUGGGAAGAGAAGUUGCAAAAAUUCUCUUUGAAUUGGAACCUGAUAACGUAGGGUAUUAUGUCUCGUUAUCAAAUAUGUAUGUCGCCGCUGGAAGCUGGAGUGAUGCUGUAGAGUUGAGAGGAAUAAUUCAGGAUAAACAACUAAAGAAGCCAGCAGGUUACAGUCUUAUUGAUGUUGGUUUUGGGUGAGAGAUGUUGAAGAUUUCAGACUACUCUCACAGCAUUUGUCACCGGCGUUGGGUUUGUUUUCAUCAUAUUUCACUGUAAAGGAAGCUUGUAGACUCAUUCCCUGAAACUCAAGGGAUACCAGAUUUAAGGCACCGGACUUAAAAAUUACAUCCAAUAAUUCUGUUUUAUCAUAUUAUUGCUUGAAAAUGAAUGAAAUGCUUAUAUUAGACACUAUGUUUGGUAAUGACAUUAUUUUACUUUAGAAAA